CUAAGGUCGUUACAUCGAGAGCCUACAUCACCUGUUGAUUGUGCCCUCGUUGUAUACAACCUCGUGGUGUGUGCGUCUCCCAUGGCAACGUUUCCGCGCGUCUGUUGCCGGGGAACAGACAACUUAUUUAUUUACUGUCAAUACCCCCGAAGGACAUUUGUUUGUCUUUCCGUUCAUUCCAUUAUCAAACGAUCAGUUCGGAAGUGUCCUUGUCGGUGUUUAAAAGCAAGUAACAAACCAACAAAAAUGUCGAACCGUACCUUUAACCUGCUCUGGACCGGUGCGCAGAAAGAUUUGGAAAAGCUAGCGGUGAACGAUUUCGAGUAUCAAGCGAUCGAAGCACAGCACGACCGUACCGAAAUCCAGGGCCAGGUGUUUGAGCUCUACCUGCGCUAUCUCGUCAUUUCGAACCGGCUGGAAGAGAUCUACGACCAGAUCGUGCAGCCGCAGAAGCGCAUCCUGAUCCGCAAGCUGCUCGACAACUGUCUCGGUCGUAUGCUGGAGCUGAAGCACGAUCUAGUCAUCAUCGACAUGACCGAGUUCAGCUACAACGAUGCAAUAGUGGAGAAGCUCGGCCUCACGCCGCUCAGCAUGGAGGUGGCCGUGCCGCGCUACUUUCGCCGCGAGCGCGAGGAGCAGCUGAACGAGCGGAAAAAGUUUAUGGACGACAUACUGAAGAAAAUCGGCGCCCUGGACGAGGAGGUGGUGGAGGAGGAGCUGAGCGAGCUGGAAGCGAUACGCAUCAUACAGACGCACGAGCGGGCCCGCCAGGGCCGGUUGCGCGCGCAGUUCAUGAAGGAGCUGAAGCUGCUGAAGGAAAAGGGCAAGCCGGACAGCAGCCGGGACAAGUCGACGACCGGGCUGAACGCGGCCAUGAAGAUCCAGAAAACGUGGCGCGGGUACGCAACGCGGCGCCAAACGCGCCGCAAAAAGAUGGAAGAGAUGAUACUGAUCGGCAUGGUGCCGGCACCGGUUACCUCCGCCCGCACCGCCCUCGAUGAGCUGGAAGAUUUGAAACAGUUUCGCUACAAGCAGCAGAAAACGUUCCAGGACGAUUACGAACGGUCGCUGGUGCGCGUGAAGGAGGAAAUAAGCGUGAAGCAGGGCGCCGCCAUGACGGAGGACAUUGCGGAUGAGAUACGGACGUGGUUCAAGGAGUACCAGAAGCGAACCGGUCGGCUGCCCGACUUCCCGUCGGAGGAGGCGGGCGGCUCGCGCCAUCUGCUGAGCCGCCAGGGCACGGAGAGUGAGAUGAGUCGCUCGUCCGUGCUGUCGUCGCGCGAAUCGAAGCUGAAGGGCAGCGGGAAGGAGAAGUUGGCGCAGAAAAAGCCAGGCGAACUGUCGCUCGAGGAGGGGCUGGACAAGGCGUUCAAGCCGAUGCAGUCGUCCUUCCUGCCCGAGAUCAAGAGCGGCAUCGAGGAGUACACGGAGGUGUGGAAGGGCAAGGACGAGUCGCAGAACCUGCGGCAAACGUACUACGACGACAUGAUUUACGAGGAGAAGUACGCCGACGUGGAGGCGGAACUGCGCCGCAUCGUGGACGAAAUCAUGCGCCAGGAGCUGGAGCUGCUGCAGAUAGCGCUGGAGCGCGACCGGGGCGGCAAGAAGCUAAAGAAGAGCAGCAAAAAGGCACGCCGCAGCGGCAAGAAGGGGAAGAAAAAGAAGGACAAAGAUCUGACGCCCGACCGGACGACGGAGUCGCUGUUCGAGGAGCUCGUCACGAACGGGAUCAUUAAGAAGUACCCCGAAACGCCGAUCAAAUCGUACGUGGGAGAUUUAAGCUAUGCUGCGCGAAGUGCCCUUAAUCCAUCGCCCGGUGACGUGCGGCAGCUGAUCAAGCAGUACUGCAUUUUGCCGCUCGGGUCGGAAACGAUACGCAACUUUGGGCCGUGCAUUAAGUCGCUGCUGAUUGCUGGACCGAAGGGUUCGGGUAAAACGUCGCUCGUACACGCCAUCUGCACCGAAACCGGCUCGGUGCUGUUCGACAUCAGCCCGCCCAACAUUGUGGGCAAGUAUCCGGGCAAGUCGGGGCUCAUUAUGUUGAUGCAUCUGAUCUCGAAGGUGUCCCGGUUGCUGCAACCGUCCGUCAUCUAUUUUGGCGAUGCGGAGAAACCGUUCAUGAAGAAGAUCCCCAAAACGGACCGCACCGAUCCGAAGCGGCUGAAGAAGGACCUGCCGAAGCUGGUGAAGAACAUACAGCCCGAGGAUCGCAUCAUGCUGAUCGGGACAUCGGACUGUCCCUGGGAGGGCGACAUGAAGCUGAUGGUGCAAACGUACCAGCGGUUUAUCUACAUACCGCGGCCCGAUUAUGGGGCGCUAUCGUUCGCCUGGAAGGAGCUGCUUAGCCACUACAGCGGAGUGCAUCGGCAGUUCGAUACGGGCGCGAUGGCUAAAAUAUCGGACGGGUAUACGAUCGGCUCGGUGGUGCGUUGCAUCCGGGAGGUGAUCACGUGCAAACGCAUGCUGCAGCUGCGGGUCCAUCCGCUGACCCAUCUGGAACUUAUCAAUGCGCUGAGCGCUCUCGAGCCGGUGUACAAGGAGGAAGAGGAAGCAUUUCUGUACUGGUGGUGCAAGACGCCGCUGGGAAGGCGCCGCUCGAAACAGAUGGAAAAGGACCACGAAGCUAUGAUGGAGAUGGAAAAUGUUCCGAAAAAGAAGAAAUAAUUAUU